GAGAAACCGAGGGGGAGAGAACCCGAGUGUGUGUAUGCGUGUGCGUGUGUGAGCGCGAGCGAGCAAGCGAGGGAGAGGAGCGAGAGAGUGAGAGCGAGAAAGAAUAAAGGAAAGAAGAUUUUUCUCUAUGUAUAUAAAGAUGGCCACGUUAGCAAACGGACAGGCUGACAACGCGAGCCUCAGUACCAACGGGCUCGGCAGCAGCCCUGGCAGCGCCGGGCACAUGAACGGAUUAAGCCACAGCCCGGGGAACCCGUCGACCAUUCCCAUGAAGGACCACGAUGCCAUCAAGCUGUUCAUUGGGCAGAUCCCCCGCAACCUGGAUGAGAAAGACCUCAAGCCCCUCUUUGAGGAGUUCGGCAAGAUCUACGAGCUUACGGUCCUGAAGGACAGGUUCACAGGCAUGCACAAAGGCUGCGCUUUCCUCACCUACUGCGAGCGUGAGUCAGCGCUGAAGGCCCAGAGCGCGCUGCACGAGCAGAAGACCCUGCCCGGGAUGAACCGGCCGAUCCAGGUGAAGCCAGCGGACAGCGAGAGCCGAGGAGGUAGUAGCUGCCUGCGCCAGCCCCCUUCACAAGAUAGAAAACUCUUCGUGGGCAUGCUCAAUAAGCAGCAGUCCGAAGACGACGUGCGCCGCCUCUUCGAGGCCUUCGGGAACAUCGAGGAGUGCACCAUCCUGCGCGGGCCCGACGGCAACAGCAAGGGGUGCGCCUUUGUGAAGUACUCCUCCCACGCCGAGGCGCAAGCCGCCAUCAACGCUCUGCACGGCAGCCAGACCAUGCCGGGGGCCUCGUCCAGUCUGGUGGUCAAGUUCGCCGACACGGACAAGGAGCGCACGAUGCGGCGGAUGCAGCAGAUGGCUGGCCAGAUGGGCAUGUUCAACCCCAUGGCCAUCCCGUUCGGGGCCUACGGCGCCUACGCGCAGGCACUGAUGCAGCAGCAAGCAGCCCUCAUGGCCUCAGUCGCGCAGGGCGGCUACCUGAACCCCAUGGCUGCCUUUGCCGCCGCCCAGAUGCAGCAGAUGGCAGCCCUCAACAUGAAUGGCCUGGCGGCCGCACCUAUGACCCCAACCUCAGGUGGAAGCACCCCUCCAGGCAUCACUGCACCAGCCGUGCCUAGCAUCCCAUCCCCCAUUGGGGUGAAUGGCUUCACCGGCCUUCCCCCACAGGCCAAUGGGCAGCCUGCUGCGGAAGCUGUAUUUGCCAAUGGCAUCCACCCCUACCCAGCGCAGAGCCCCACCGCCGCGGACCCCCUGCAGCAGGCCUACGCUGGAGUGCAGCAGUAUGCAGGUCCAGCCGCCUACCCUGCUGCCUAUGGUCAGAUAAGCCAGGCCUUUCCUCAGCCUCCUCCGAUGAUCCCCCAGCAGCAGAGAGAAGGGCCCGAGGGCUGUAACCUGUUCAUCUACCAUCUGCCCCAGGAGUUUGGGGACGCUGAGCUGAUGCAGAUGUUCCUCCCUUUCGGCCGGCACCCUGUGCCCUCCCGCUGCCAGGCCCCCUCCUGUCAGGGAGGACAGUGUCCAAUAAACUCCUCCACCCGCAGGCUUCGUGAGCUUCGACAACCCGGCCAGCGCGCAGACCGCCAUCCAGGCCAUGAACGGCUUCCAGAUCGGCAUGAAGAGGCUCAAGGUGCAGCUGAAACGGCCCAAAGACGCCAAUCGCCCGUACUGAGCGCCGGCGGGAGCGUCCCCCGGGGGAGAUCGGGACUCGCACAGCUCAGUCAGGAGAGGAGGAACAGAAUUUUUCAAAGGGAACUUUACCAAAAACCAAAACAGGAUGCGACCAAAGCUGAGGAGGGGUGCAGCACUGGGAUCCCUUACCCUGACUACUCUACGUGGGUCACAACGGGGCAGGAUGCUGAACGGGCUACAUUAAAAAACAAACCUCUCUAUAUAUAUCUUUAUAAAUGAGAACUGUUGGAUGACACCUUUGACAUAUCAGCCAAUAUCAAUCAAGCUGAAGACUCCAGACACUCUGUGACUGUAACAUUUCUUCGAGGAAAGUAUAGCGUCUAUGGAGUUCAGAGGGCACGUGUUUGGGGGAAAAAUAUAUAUGACACAAAGAAGAAGAUGAAGAAAAAUGAGAAAAAAAAAUCCACAAAAAAGGCAAUUUUAAAAACAAAAUAACAUGAGACCAGACUGGGAGGCUGAAGGGCUGGGAACUGGGAAGAGACGCUGCUUACCGAUCCCCGGGGCUUUUCUAGCCCAUGGGCGCCUGGAGGCAGGCUGGGGCAAGCGGUGUGGUGGGACCUGGUCCCCAGGGUGCGGCUUGGAGGCUGCCACUGAGCAUCUCUAUCUGUCAUUCCUUUAGCUAUUUAGGGACCAAAGGACCAAACUUUUUAUUGCAGAUGUGUAGCUCUAUGUCAUAUAGAGGGGGAAUGGAGGAGAACCUCCUUCCUAACACAUGGCUGUUCUUGAAACAGCUUAGAGUGAUUCUAUGAAAACUAUAAUAAAAAUUAAAAAAAAUAAAAAAACAAAAAAAAACAAAAAACAAAAAAGGAAAAAUAAUGCUUCAGUGCUUUUAAAACAGCAAGAUAAUAGUUCUUUGAUACUUUGAGAGGCGCUUUGAUUACCCUCAUUCAAGUCUAUGACACUUUCCUAUGGUUUUCUGUAUUAUAUGUCUGGAUGGAGCUGUAAGGGUGAACAAGAUGGUGGAUAUUUGGGGAAAGCAACAAAAAUAUAAAACUCAUUAACUGAAGUGUGAGAAAACAAGAAGGGGGAAAAAGGGUCUUACAAGGCAAGAUAAUUGUGAAAAGUCUGUAAAUGCUUCUAACUCUUCCUCUUAAAAUCAUAAUAGUUGUACAGAAUUUUAAAAAAGAAAAGUUUAAAAUACCUAUAUAAUAGAAGAAAAAUUAGAGGAAAGCAAAAAAAAAAUAAAAAUAAAAAUAAAAAAGGAAAAAAAAAACUUAUAGAAGUUAGCGUUACUGCUAAAAUCCCAGAUGUUGUAGGACUGUACUUUUGUAGAGUUUAGACUGAGCAUCAAUCCCUUCUCCCCGCGAGUGCUGUGGGACGCCGUAGUUCCCGAGGGCCAGGCGGACUCGUCCAGACCUGCCGGCACCUGGCCGCACAUCACCUGGAGGCCGCGCAUCACCUGGAGGCCGCGCCACCUGCACGGAAGGGCCGCCGCCGCCCGCCGCGCCCGCAGCCGCCCUCGCCUCUCGCUUCGCUCCGGGAGCCGUGCUCGCUGGAUCUCUGCAAGCCCUGGACACCUUCCGCUUCACUCGCCUUCCAUGCUUGCUCCAGAGACUUUCCGGGCAAGGGAGAACUGGGAACUUUCAUCUUACAACACACACACACACACAAACCUUAAAAAAAGAGAGAGAAAAAUAACAAUCUUUGAAGAAUUUCUGAAACUGUUUACAAGGAAUUUUGAAAAACAGGGAUGUUUAAAUGAUGCCGGCUCUGUUUUUCUGUAAAUAAAUUUGCAUAUUUUGUAGGACUUUUAAUUGUAAUGAUAGAGAAAAAACAAGGAAAACUAUUUAAUGAAAGCACGAUAUUUAUCUUUGGUAAAUGACUUUAGAGCAGUUAAAAGACAUUGCUUAAAAAAAUCUCAGAAUCAGAAAAAAAUCUGAAUUAUUUAAGAACACAUAUAUUUUAAAGUAUAACAUAUUUAUUAUAAUUUAUUUGCACCAUUGGGAAGACUUGCUUUGGCAUUCUGUCUUGAUGCCCUCUCGUUGAUGUCCAGUUCAUCUGGAGGCCCAAGGGGCUCUUGGACCUACCACUUUUUUCCUCUUUUGCUUUAGACGAACAGAUUUCUGAUUACUCUCAGGCCUCCUGCCUUUCCUUUCUUUCCAUCUAUUUUGUUGGUUUAUUAUUAUUUUUUUAAAUUUUUCUUUUUUUUUUCUCUUGACUCCUGGUUUUAGGAUGUCCAGAUGUUGUAAAAAAAACAAAAACAAAAACAGCUGCAGUUCAGUACAACUGCUCUUUUCACACUCAACUCCCUAAAACUCCUUGUAACCUUCUGUAACUAUUGGAUGACGCUUUCUCCAGCUUAGCCCUAAAUAAAGCACAGUUU